AUGGGUGCUAUGACGUGGAAGCUGCCAAUUGUUUUGCAGAGUCCCAAACACACUCCAAUUGAUGCGCCACGAGACAGCUUGCAACAAUCACAUCGACUCGGUGCUGUAAAUGGUAAUACAUCGAUCUUGAGUUUGAAAUUCUUAAUUGCGGGAGAUGUUGUUUUCGGGAUUCUGGAUAAUCUAAAUAGUAUCAAAGGCGAAGCAAGUCAAGAUCCUCUUAAUGAUCAUUUGCAGGAAGAAACACGGACAUAUGUGUGA